UUUGGACAGGCAUUUGCUCGGCUCAGUGCAGUUUAUGGCGGGACAUGUAUGUUAAAUAAACCUGAGUGCAAGGUUGAGUUCAAUGAGGAAGGAAAAGUUAUUGGUGUUACUUCUGAAGGCGAAACUGCGAGAUGCAAAAAAGUUGUAUGUGAUCCGUCGUACUUGCCGAACAAGGUUCGAAAGGUUGGAAAGGUUGCAAGAGCAAUUGCCAUCAUGAGCCAUCCAAUUCCCAACACCAAUGAUUCCCAUUCAGUGCAGGUUAUCCUGCCACAGAAGCAGUUGGGUCGCAUAUCAGACAUGUAUCUCUUCUGUUGUUCUUACUCUCACAAUGUUGCUCCAAAAGGAAAAUUUAUUGCAUUUGUAUCGACCGAGGCAGAGACUGAUAAUCCCGAGACUGAGCUGAAGCCUGGAACUGACCUUCUUGGGCCUGUUGACGAGAUAUUCUAUGAUAUGUAUGACAGAUAUGAGCCAGUCAACGAGCCCACUUUGGACAAUUGCUUUAUAUCAACAAGUUACGACGCUACAACACACUUUGAGUCCACAGUGAUAGAUGUGCUGAACAUGUAUACCCUGAUAACUGGGAAGGUUGUGGACCUGAGUGUGGACUUGAGUGCUGCAAGUGCUGCGGAAGAAUGAGGAGCACUCCACUCCUUUUGGCAUUGAUUGAUAUGUAAGUUAAUCCUUUUUUUUUUUUUU